AUUAAUUGACGUCAAAAUGCAGGCCUUUCGUUGGGGCCUAGUGGGAGUUGCACUGCUCGUCGUUGCUUGUGCGAACGGCUCAUCAAAUGAUGAAAAUGUCGAAUUCAUCGAUGACAUUCAAAGAUUGAAAAGAAGCAAUAGAGGCUAUAUGAGAGGUCAAACUCAGUCACAGUACUUAAAUUUUGGAAAACCUGAACAAGAUGGCAAAGCUGAAGCAGAAGCUAACGAAAGUGGUUCCCGAUCAACAGUAUCUGGAAGUCACGGUAUGGGCCAAGCUCAGAGUCAAUUCUCUGUAGGCGAUUGUGGUGAAUGUGGAGGCAGCAAUGUAUAUGAUUAUAAUGCUGGUUCACCAGAUCCAUUGAUUUACGGUGGAGGAGCUGGGGCUUAUCAACCAACGACAACAUACACAGAUGGUACACCAUCAACCCUUAUUGGCAGACCAGGAGUUGGACAAUACGAUACCCAAGGACAAAUCUUAGCACCUGGUCCACAAGGUCAAUAUGGAAUUCCAGGUACAACAUAUGGACCUGGAGCUACUCAACAAGGCGCAGAUAUUGGAGGCACUGGCCAACCUAGUAUUGGUGAUGUUGGACAACCCUCGAGUGGCCAAACAGGUUUGGCUCCACAGGAUAUAGUCUCCGGGCAACCGAGUUAUGGAUCAGGACAACCAGGCAUUGGAUUUGGACAACAAGGUGGAGAUCAAACACAACCAGGCUUUGGUCAACCUGGUUAUGGUCAACAAGGUGUGGGUCAACCAGGAUAUGAAGGUGCUGGUCAGCCAACAGGACAACAAGGGGCCGAUCAACCAGCUUAUGGAGGUGUUACACAACCUACAGGUCAACAAGGUGUAGGUCAACCAGGUUAUGGUGGUGUUGGUCAUCCUUCCGGACAACAAGGCUUUGGACAACAACCAGGAUAUGGUGAUUCAGCUCAACCCACAGGACAACAAGGUACAAGUCAGCCUGGCUUUGGUCAGCAACCAGGUUAUGGUGGUGUGGGUCAACCCACUGGGCAACAAGGUGUUGGUCAACCUGGAUAUGGUGGUGUAGGUCAACCCACAGGACAACAAGGUGUUGGUCAACCUGGAUAUGGCGGUGUUGGUCAACCAACAGUACAACAAGGUGUUGGUCAACCUGGAUAUGGCGGUGUUGGUCAACCAACUGGACAACAAGGUGUAGGACAGCCCGGGUAUGGCGGAGUUGGUCAACCCACAGGACAACAAGGUGUAGGACAACCAGGAUAUGGCGGUGUUGGUCAACCCACAGGACAACAAGGUGUCGGUCAACCAGGAUAUGCUGGAGCAGGUCUACCUUCAGGGCAGCAGGGUUAUGGUCAACAACCUGGAUUUGGAGGGGUAACACAACCAAUUGGACAGCAAGGUUUUGGCCAACAACCAGGUUAUGGAGGAGUUACGCAACCCACAGGACAACAAGGUACAGGUCAACCAGGUUAUGGUCAACAGCAAGGUCAAGGACAACCAGGUUUUGGCCAACAACCAGCCGGACAACAAGGUGCAGGUCAGCCUGGUUUUGGCCAUCAAACAGGAGCUGGUCAGCCCGGAUAUGGCGGUGUUGGUCAACGAGGAACUGGACAACAGGGUGUCACUCAACCGGGAUAUGGUGGUGUCGGACAAACUGGUUAUGGCCAACAACAAGGAACUGGACAACAAGGCGUUACUCAACCUGGAUACGGCCCACAAGGUGUUUCUCAACCUGGAUACGGCCCACAAGGUGUAACUCAACCAGGUUUCGGCCAACCUGGACAACAACCAGGCGUUGGACAAGUAGGUGGAAGUCAACCUGGCUUUGGCCAACAAAGACCAGGAUUCGGUACAGCACAACCUGGUGUAGGACAACACUCGUAUGGUCAACCCGGUCAAGGCCAGCAAGGUAUUGGUCAACAAGGCUACGGAAUUGGUCAGCCAACAUCCCAACAAGCAGGAUUUGGUCAAGGCGGCGCAAGACCGGGAUAUGGUACCCAAGGUGUGGGCCAAGCCGGAAGACCAGGAUAUGGACCGACUAUCGGUGCACAAAUUGGUGGUGGAAGACCAGGAUUGCUUCAACCAGGACAGCCUACAACCGGAAUGGGUAGACCAACACAACCUUCUCAAGGAGUAUCUAGACCUGGAUUUGGACAAGGUCAUGUAAGACCAGGAUAUACACAGCCACAAGGUCCUGGAACCGGUCAAUUUGGUGUUGGUGGACCACAAACGGGCGGUGGCCAACAGUAUGUACCCGGCCAACAACUCAGACAACCAGGUUUGGCUCCUCAACAACCUGGAACAGGUGCAGGUGCUUCACCAACAUAUGGACAACAAGGAGCUGGUAGAAUACCAACCACUCAACCAGGUUAUGGUCCUCAACAAAUCGUACAGCAGCGACCAGGUCAGCCUGGUUACGGUGUACAACAAGGUGUUGGAAGCCAACAAGGUCCAGGGACAGGUGUACAACCAGGAUAUGGAACUGGCGUUUACCCAACUGGAACUGGUGCUCAGCAAGGAACAGGCGUUGGUACUGGCGUCGGAGGUCAACAAGGAGUUGGAGGUGGUUACCAACAAGUUGCCGGAACUCAUACCGGCUACCAAGCUGGAACUGACUCUGCUUACCAAGCUGGAUCUGGAUUACGCCCUAGUACAGGAGUACAACCAGGUACUGGAGCUGGCUCUGCAGUCCAACCAGGAGCAGGAGGUGUUUAUCGUCCAGGUACUGGUGUACAACCCAGUGGCGGAGUUGGUUAUCAACCCGGAACGGGUGCACAAACCAGACCCGGUGCAGGAUAUCAGCCAGGAACUGGAGUUCAGCAAGGAACUGGUGCUGCUGGCUAUCCAGCUGGAUCCGGAGUCCAACCAGGCACUGGGGCUACUUAUCCAACAGGCGCAGGAGCAGGAACUGGAAUGGGUACAGGAGCUGGAACACAACCAGGCAUUGGAGCUCGUUACCCAACUGGAACUGGAAUGGGAACAGGUGCCGGUGUACAACCUGGUGCAGGAGCUGGAUAUCCAACAGGAACUGGAAUGGGAGCAGGUGCUGGUGUGCAACCAGGUGCAGGUGCCGGAUAUCCCAGUGGAACUGGAAUGGGAGCAGGUGCUGGUGUGCAACCAGGUGCAGGUGCCGGAUAUCCCAGUGGAACUGGAAUGGGAACUGGUGCUGGUGUGCAACCUGGUGCAGGAGCUGGAUAUCCCACUGGAAUCGGAAUGGGAACAGGUGCCGGUGUACAACCUGGUGCAGGAGCUGGAUAUACAACAGGAACUGGAAUGGGAGCAGGUGCUGGUGUGCAACCAGGAGCAGGUGCCGGUUAUCGACCAGGAAGUGGUGUUCAGCCAGGAGCUGGUGUUGGAGCCGGUUACCCAACAGGAACAGGUGUUCAGCCAGGUGGUGCCGGCAGUGGAUAUCAACCAG